UUUUUACUCUUGACGUUGGCAAAAUCAUUGUUUGUAUAUUUGUAUUAUGGAUGGCAUAUUAAAAAAUGAAGUGAAAGCGAAUGUAGUGAUGAUGGCGAAGUCUCUGUAUUCGAAGGAUCCAUCAAGGGCAAGGGACAUCUAUUUAAAAAGAAACAUAUUUUCAUCACAGUUUUUUUUGUAAAAAAUCAUAACGUUUGUCAUUUUUGCGUUCGUUGCCUCCUCAUGGAUGAUUAUAGUAAUAUAUCGACACGCACGAGCUACUAUCAGCAACCUGAUGAUAGUAAUAGAGCACGUAUAUUGUUAGUACUAAUGUGGAAACAUUACACGGUGCGCAAAGAAAAAUUCUUCAUGACCACAAUGGAGUUUUUAUCGCCAAUUGUUUUUUUUGUGCUAUUAUACCUAAUCAAGGAUAUUAUGGAGGAUGAUAAAACUGAGGAAACUUCAAUGGAUUCCCUACCGGAACCCAUCAGCAUUUAUGAAUUACCGACACCAUUAUUUAUAUUGUAUCAUCCACAAACAAAUUUAACUGAUGUUCUGAUGACACGAGUUGGUAACUCAUUGGGUUUGAAACGAUUGCUCAACUAUUCUGGCCAGACAUCAGGAUAUUUCGGGAGCAAUGAUUGGAAUUUCAUAACUGAACAAUUUAAACACUUUUCCAAAAAAAUUCAUGCGUUUGUUUUAUUUCAGGACAUGUAUGGUGUAAAUCUACCGAGCAAUCUCAAUUACACCAUUAGGAUGAAUGUGGACUUUCAGACGCGCAGUUAUAGAUCGGCACUCGGCGAACGCGAUCCCCACCCGACGUUUUUUACCGAAUACGACACGUUCGUGAGACUUCAAUGGGCCAUAGACUUUAGUUUUUUGGAACUACAGACUGGCAACCCAAUAACACAGUCCGUGUAUAUCCAGGAGUUUCCCAAUUUCACAAAAUUGUCUUCAAAGUCGCCCCAGAUCACGGGCUUCUUAAUAACACUAAUGUACUUAGCUAUAUGCUUAUCUCUUGUGCUCACCUUCGAGUUUCUCAUGUCCAGAUUGUUGGGACAGCGGGAAUCUGGCAUACAGGAACUCAUUCAAAUGGUCGGGGUAACGCACAGAAUCCUUGGUUUAUCCCAUUUUUUGAACGUUCUACCUGGCGGGAUCAUAUUCUCUGUGGCCGGCGCGCUGUUCCUCACAGCCGGGAACAGUCCUCUCCUGGAGUACUCCAGUGGGUUUCUGGUCGGAGUGUUCCUGUUUCUUCACUUCGUAAGCAUCGUGGCUAUGGCCUUUGUCUGCAGCUUCAUCACCAGUAACAAUGAACACACCAUGUCUCUCGCGACGUUAGUGUACUUUACUUCAAUGAUUCCAUCAUUCAUAAUAGACAGUCAAAUCGAGUAUGACGCCCAAUCGGAUAUCAGCAUGCCGGUGGUGUCUUUGACAGGAAUCUUUCCGUUCGUACCAUGCUUGUGGUUCUACAACAAUGUAAUGUUCCUAGAAAUUACUCAUCAAGGCAUAACGUUCGAUACGUUAAUGAUAGCGCACGCGCCGUUGGUUUGCUCCGUGGCCUGGGCUUACGUGUUUCUAUUUCUCCAAAGCUUCCUCUUCUUCACUAUGGCGUAUUAUAUGAGUUUGGUGCGCCCGGGCAAGUAUGGCACUGCGCUGCCUUGGAACUUCUUUUGUCGGAAAGAUUUCUGGUGUCUUAUGCCAGAACGGAGGCUUUCCACCCUAGAGAUCGAGGCACAAAGACACAUGGAGAGUGAUUAUUUCGAGCCACAUGCACCCCACAGAGAAAUUGGAAUAGAUAUACAGCAUGUCACAAAGGUGUACAAUGAUUUCGUCGCACUCAACCAUGUUACACUGCCGGUCCUAAAAGAACAAAUAACUGUAUUGUUAGGACACAACGGCGCUGGCAAGACUACACUCAUGUCCAUUGUAACUGGUUCGACGUCAGCGACUUCAGGGAAAGUGUACGUGAACGGGUUGGACACAGUGGUGUACCAGAACCAAGUCAGGUCCCAGCUCGGCUUCUGUCCGCAACACAACCUGUUCUUCUCAGAGCUCACUGUGUUGCAACACGUCAGAUUUUUCAGUAUGAUAAAAGGCACCAUGACAUGGAGUGAGGCGCAUGAGUCGUCCUUAGAGCUGUUGAAGACGCUUGGCUUAGAGAAUAACGCCAAAUCAUUGACCAACAAGCUGUCCGGCGGGAUGAAGAGGCGGCUGCAGCUGGCGUGCGCGCUGGCCGGGGACGCCAGUGUGCUGGUGUUGGACGAGCCCACCGCUGGGCUCGACGUGGAGACCAGGAGGAGUCUGUGGGACCUCUUGUUGUCCCUUCGCGAAGGGCGAACAGUCCUCCUGUCUACCCACUUCAUGGAGGAAGCGGAUGCUCUCGGAGACAGAAUAACCGCGCUGCACAGCGGGACGUUGCGGUGUGAUGCCACCCCUAUGUUUCUCAAGAAACAAAUCGACACUGGCUACAAUCUAUCAAUAAUUCUGAAACCCACCGCCACACAAGCCUCCAUCGACCAGAUCUCCGCAAUCAUCACGACAGCGAUACCUCAAGCGACGCAAGUAGCCGCGUCCGGGAAUCAAACCUUGACCUACAAGCUGCCCAGCAGGGAGUGCGAUAAGUUCCCAAAUAUGUUUUUGAUGUUAGAAGAAAACAAAGAGACUGUCGACAUUGAUUCGAUGAGCGUUGAUGUUUCAACUCUUGAAGAGGUUUUCUUGAAACUCUGUAGUGACGUAACAGUUCUUGAAGAUGGUGUCGACGAUACGCUUAAUGACGAUAGAAUUUAUCACAGUUGUACUGGCACGCAGUUGAUGAAGCAGCAGUUCAGCGCACUCUUCGUCAGGCAGCUUCGAUACGUCAAAUCAUCAUGUCUUCUGUUCACCAUGAUGCAAGUGAUUUUGCCUAUAAUGCUCUUGAUGGCAUUAAACUUCCUAUACAAUGGAGAUCUCAAAAGCAACAGCAAUCCCUCAUUGGAAAUGAAUCUGAAUGUUUACAAAGAUAAAGCGGAUAGGCGUGUUCUAUCAAAUUUUCAGAAACCGUUGGACAACAGAGCUUCGUGCUGUGGAAUCACGUAUAUACAUUCCAACAAUAUAAAUCAUACUCUCGUACACAUUUCGAAAUUAGAUGAAAAUGAGUACUAUACAUACUUGAUUGGCGUUACGUUAAAUGAUAUACAAGCUGUGGCUCAUUACACGACCUCGUUCCGGCACGCGUUGCCGGUGUCGCUGAACGCGCUGAGCAACGCGGUGGCGGCCGCCAGCUCCAGCCCCCGGGACACGCCCAGGAUCACCACGUUCAACCAUCCCCUGCAAGGGGCCGCGAAGUUGAACAGCACGGUAAAUCCUAAGUCAUCGGAAGACGUUAGUGUUUGGGCUGUUAUUACAACUUUCAUAAUCCAAACAACUCUGGUCAGUGUGUUAGUGCUCCCCGGAAUAGAGCGUCACUUCAGCACGCGCCUCAUACACCUUAUGACGGGAUGCAGUCCAGAAAUAUACUGGAUGACAACUCUCCUCCACCACGUUUUAUAUAGCAUCCUCGUGCUCGUCAUACCCACGGUCAUUUUUGCGGCUACCAUAGACAAGGAGGAGACCCUCACUCACCCCAGUUUCUUGGGUCCCCUGGCAGUACUGCUGGUGGGCGGCUGUCUCUCAUCCAUCGCCCUGGCCUUCCUGUUCAGCUUCAUGAUGCCAUACAAACAGGCCGCAACGGCUCUUCUCGCGUUUUAUUUUAUAUUCACUUUCAUUUUUCCCUUCACGAGAAUGGCGUGCCAACUCAUAGAUGCUAGCUCAGCAAACGGAUUAUGCCACGUGGUGGAUCCAGUGCUGGACACAUUGAACUAUAUAGUGACACCGAACACGUUCAUUAUAGCAAUGCUGAAGAUAGGAAACGUGGCCAGAAUCAAUGCGUAUUGUUACCUCAACAGACAUUUAUGUCCUAACCUCUCGUUGGGUACGCCAGAAGAUAUAAGAAAAUGUUGCAUAUUGGAAGAGUUACCUAGAUGUCACUUUUGCUUCGAAAGUUAUUCGUCCUUUCCUUUUGUAAUAGCACUGUACACUCAGUUUGUUAUACUUAUGGUGUUGGUGAUAUUGACGGAACGUGGCAUAUUCAAUAGGUUUUACAAUAAUCUGAUGAGUUAUAGAUACAAAGCAAAGGAACAGGAGAAGGAAGAGGAGCUAGAGAAAGAACAGGAGUACGUUGAGGGCUCUCUCAAAAAUCCGCGUGGAGACGUCAUGCUGGUUUCUUCUGUGCACAAACUUUACCCACGGAUCUGUCGGAAAUCCAAAGUUGCAGUACGAGGCAUUAGCUUUGCAGUCCGCGAAGGCGAAUGCUUCGGCCUAGUGGGGGUUAAUGGCGCUGGUAAAUCGUCUACGUUCAAGAUGAUGACGUGUGCAACGUUCCCCACGCGUGGGGUGAUCGUGGUCAACGGCCACCACCAGGAAAUACUGGAUAACUCUCAGUACCGAAGGCAGCUGGGCUACUGUCCACAAUUCCACGGCAUGGACAAGUUCCUCACGGGCCGACAGAAUCUGGAGCUGCUGUUCGUAUUGCAUGGGAUGGAUAAGAAGGAUGCUCAGGCAGAAGCGGUCAGGUGGCUGGAGUUGAUAGAUUUAACGAAAUACGCGGAUAGACCCGUGAGCGAUUACAGCGGCGGGUGUUCGCGGCGACUGAGCAGCGUGGCCGCGCUUGCUCGGCGAGCGGCGCUGUCGCUACUGGACGAGCCCACUGCUGGGGUAGACGUGGCCGCGCGGCGACAGCUGUGGAGAGCCGUGAGAGCGGCGCAGGCGCAGACCACCCUGGCGGGCAGGAAGAGAGCCGUGCUCAUCACUUCCCACAGUAUGGACGAGAUGGAGGCGCUGUGUGCGCGCGUGGGCAUCAUGAGCGAGGGCCGGCUGGCGGCGCUGGGGUCGCCGGCGGCGCUGCGCGCGGCGCACAACGCUGGCUUCUCGCUGAUUAUUAAGAUAAAAUAUGUCGACGCCACUGGGUCACAAACAAGUGACUAUUCUGAAGUACCACGUAGAUAAGGCUCUGAAGUUGCAGUACAGUGAGCUUUUCACCAAAUUAGAAGAGUUACGGACGACAUUCCCCGACCUCAUUGAAGAUUACACAGUGACUGCGACUACGCUCGAGGAAGUAUUCCUCACGUAUGCUGCUGCAAAUGUCAA